AUGGCGGAAGGGAGGGGCGGGCCAGCCCGCUGGCCUGCUUAUUGGCAGAAUGCGUUGAACAUCUCAACCUGCUUUCAGACUUCGGUUUCUCAUGCUCCUUUGCCAGCAUCAGGACAAGCCUUGCACGAAGCAAUAUGCAAGGAAACGAAGGAGAACGAGGCAAGGUGCCUUGAACUUCUGAAAGAAGAUCCUAAUAUCGCUGCUGCUAAAGACAGCAAGGAGCUCACAAAACUGAUCCUGAAGCUAGCCCUAAAAAAGGGCACUGAAACCCAGAAUUUCCUAAAAGAAUUGAUGAAAACAAACCCUUCACCAGACCUUAAACAGUGUGCAACUACCCUGUAUGAUGGAGUGGUAGGGUCAUUCAAAAGUGCUUUGGGUGAAUUGGGUGAGGAUGAUCUUACAGCAAGUUAUGAUGCAGGAGUGGCUGGUGAUGGACCUACAACUUGUGAAAGGGCAUUGAGUGCAGCAAAGAUAAGUGAUCCUUCUAUUGAAGCUCAUGACAAAGACAUGUUGUUGCUUAGUGGAAUUGCAUUUAAAUCCAUUGAGAAACUACCCUCUUAA